AUGUAUGGUAAAAAGCAGAAUUCACAUUUGGUCACUGCACUUUUACAUUCUUUGGAUGAUUUUGAAAAUGUUAUACCAAAAACUUAUCCCAUCAGUAUAGACAAAGAAUCUGUUAUUGGUCCUUUAACACCUAAUUUUGAAACACUGGAAUUAAGUCUUGAUCCUUACAUGGAAAAAAAUUUGGAAUUCUUGUUGAAAUCAAUUGAAGAUAAUAAUUAUGAACAAAAUAAUCUUGCUUUUUGGCAAAAAAGUGUUACAAAAGCACAAUCUGCUUUACAAAAACGAAAACAAGAUAAUGAAGCACGUAAGGAAUCAGGAUUGGAUCCUUUACCAGAAGAUGAUAUUUUGAAAAUGUAUAAAAUACCACCAGAACCAUCAAGGCUUGACUCUUUAUUAAUAUCAUCACAAAUUAAUAAUUAUUGCAAACAAUUAAAUCAACAUGCUGGUCCAACUCUUAGUAAAUUAUUCGUUGCAAAAGAAUUACAAAAAUAA